UUGGUCAGGUGACUGGAGGGCGGUCAGGUGACCAGCAGUAAUGUGGCUGCUGUGGGUCGCGCUGUGUGUGCAGGGGGUCCGGGCGGUGUACGAGCUCAGUGACCGCGGAGGACUGGGCCGGGAGUUCGAUGGGAUCGGAGCUGUCAGCGGAGGAGGCGCCACCUCCCGCCUGCUGGUGAAUUACCCGGAGCCGUUCCGCUCCCAGAUCCUCGAUUAUCUAUUCAAGCCGAACUUUGGAGCCUCGUUGCACAUUUUUAAGGUGGAGAUUGGAGGUGAUGCUCAGACUACAGACGGCACAGAACCUUCCCACAUGCACUAUCCGGACGACCAGAACUACUUCCGGGGGUACGAGUGGUGGCUGAUGAAAGAGGCCAAGAAGAGGAACCCCAACAUUAAACUUGUGGGUCUGCCCUGGGCCUUUCCCGGAUGGAUCGGCAAUGGCAAGAAUUGGCCGUAUGACUUUCCUGAUGUCACCGCGUAUUACGUCGUCUCUUGGAUCAUUGGCGCUAAGCAGUACCACGACCUGGACAUAGACUACGUGGGGAUAUGGAAUGAGCGAGCCUUUGAUGCAACUUACAUAAAGUUACUGCGUUACACCCUGGAUAAGAGCGGUCUGGAGCGCGUGAGGAUCAUAGCCAGUGAUAAUAUGUGGCAGCCGAUCGCUUUUCAGAUGCUGCGGGACGCUGAGCUCCUCAGGGUGGUCGAUGUGAUAGGCGCUCACUAUCCCGGGACUCACACUGUUGAAGACGCGAUGUCUACAGGAAAGAAGCUUUGGUCUUCAGAGGAUUACAGCACGUUCAAUGAUGAGGUCGGGGGAGGCUGCUGGGCGCGAAUCCUCAACCAGAACUACGUGAAUGGGAACAUGACAUCAACCAUCUCGUGGAAUCUCGUGGCCAGUUAUUACGAGCAGCUGCCGUUUGGUCUAGAAGGGCUGAUGACGGCGAAGGAGCCUUGGAGCGGCAGCUAUGAGGUCUCCUCUCCUAUCUGGAUUACAGCUCAUACCACUCAGUUUACGCAGCCAGGGUGGUAUUACCUGCGGACGGUCGGUCACUUGGAGAAAGGCGGGAGCUACGUGGCCCUCACCGACAGGAAGGGGAACAUCACAAUUAUCAUUGAGACCAUGUCUCAUGACCACUCCAUCUGUAUCCGGCCCCCGCUGCCCACAUUUAACGUCUCUGCGCAGAAUGCCACCUUCGAGCUGGACGGCUCCUUCAACAAUCUGAAGUCGCUGCAGGUCUGGUAUUCUAAGCUCUGCACCAACACCACUAAAGCCACCCUGUUCACCAAGAAGUCCGCCAUACCGGUUACAGGUGGUUCAUUUACUCUGGAGCUCGGCGUGGAUGAGGUUUACACAUUGACAACCCUGACAACAGGGCAGAAAGGGUCGUAUCCCACCCCCCCAGAGUCUCAACCCUUCCCUCGGAAAUACAAGGACGACUUCAAUGUCCGUAACCCCCCCUUUACUGAAGCCCCUUAUUUCGCUGACCAGUCAGGCGUUUUCGAGUACUUCACGAACACCUCAGACCCCGGAGAUCACGUCUUCACCUUCCGUCAGGUUCUGACUCAGCGGCCGAUCACUUGGGUUUCUGACGCCAAUCAGGCGAUUAGUGUGAUCGGGGAUUACUCAUGGUCCAAUGUCACUAUAACAUGUGACGUGUACAUCGAGACCCCGGACACGGGCAGCGUGUUCAUCGCUGCCAGGGUGGAUCAGGGCGGAUCACCUUCAUCCUUGGCCAAAGGGAUCUUUUUCUGGGUGUUUGCAGAUGGCACUUACAAAGUCACAGGGGAUUUGCAAGGGAAGAUUGUGCUACAUAAAGGUCUGUCUGGGGUCCGGGCGAGACACUGGCACACGCUGACCCUCCAUAUAGAGGGGUUUACGGCGUACGGCCUGCUGAACGGCUACCCCCUGUGGAAGGACGUCCUGACGCUGGGACCUGUGCACGGCUGGGCCGCUAUAGGGACGGGCUGCUUGGAGUUUGCUCAGUUUGAUAACUUCAUGGUUGAAGCUGAAGUCUCUCAGGGGUGACGUCGUGUGAGAUCUGAUGAGCUGCGGCUGCUGUGACGGGCGGGGGUCUCCUGGAUCACACAUCACUGUAAUGGAAGGAAGCCUCAUAAUUGGAGAUGAGCGAAUCGAAUCCCACGAAGUGGAGAUCGAUCCGAAUUUCAGGAUAAAUUCGAUUCACCUCGAAGCCAAAUUUUCUCGUGCUUCGUGUCAGUGAAUCGAUUUAACCUGAAAUAAUGUA